AUGUCAGAGCUGGAAAAGGCCUUCCUUAAAUUUGCCAAUUAUGGAAACACGUCCACCACGGGCAGUGACAUGACGGACAAGAAUUUCUCCAAGAUGUGCCAGGAGUGUGGUGUGAUGGAUGGGAAGGCCGUGAACAGUGAUGACGUGGCUAUCGCCUUCAACAAAGUCAAGGCAACAGGGGCCCGCACCAUCAACUACAUUCAGUUCUUGCAGGCCAUUAAGGUUUUGUGUGGAAAGCGGUUCAGCAGGAAAUUGUCUGAGGAUGCUUUGCAGGCAACGUUCAAGUUGCUGGAGGGCAGGGAGCCAGCCAAUGUGGAGACAACUAAAUCUGUGGCCAGAAGGGUGGAGAGACUGACAGACACCAGCGAGUACAUGAACUCUAACAUGCAACAUUUUGACAAAAGUGGAAAGGACGAUGGGGUUGCUGGGCACACAGACCUAUCUCAGAGAACCAGCAAUAUUUCGAACUACAGGGGGUCUGGCACCUAA